AUGGCGCUUCUUGAGACGCUGAUGCUAUCAACAUCAGCCCUACAUGCAUCAAAGUUCCUGGGAUCGUAUGAAGAUCUUCUGUCCUUCGACAAGGACCGACGGAAACUUGAUGUUCAGUUCUCUAGAAUGGAGAAAGUGUCUUCCGUUGCUGACGAAUGUCAAUACGUCAGUGCAAAAGAAAUGAGGAACAGGAAUAAGAAUCGGUAUUCAAACAUUCUCCCAGAUCACAUGCCUCACUUGACUUCUUCUGGAAAGAGGUCUGAACCUGAUUACAUCAACGCUGUUUUCCUACCGAACUACAAGAAAAAGGGUGCGUUUAUCGUCACUCAGACACCUCUACCAGCAACCAAGACUGACUUCCGGAGGUUGGUUGUUGAACACGAUGUCCAUACAGUCGUAAUGAUGAACAACAAGAGUGAGAUGAAGACACGUAAACUUCAACAAAUACAUUUUGAGGGUUGGCCGGGUGUUCAGCGUUGCCUUCUUCUCCUAAGGAUGAAUGGAGCAGACAGAAGCGGCUUGUUCUGUGUUGUGUCAGCAGUCUUGGAGAGGAUGAAGAUUGAACAAGACGUUGCUAUUACCCAGGUCAUCAAUGAUAUGAGGAACUACAGGGAACAGAUUAUUCCCUCUGUGGACCAGUUACAGUUUGUGCAUGAAGUAGUCAAGGAAUAUAUUCUACAAAAUGAAACAUACUCCAACUUCACAGGAUGA